AUGUUAAAAAGCAUAACUGCAGAUGGAACAAAAUCAAGCGAUAAAAGACCACGCAGUAUAAGUACAUCGUCUCACAUCCCGGUCCAUUUCGCUGUCCACAAGCCAGGAUGCCACUUCGAGAGUUGCUGCGGGGUAUGCAAUCUAUUCCCCGGCGUCUUGUUAAUUGCGUUCUCGCAAGUUUUAGUUGGAUCUGUUCUGUUGACGAUCGUUCUAACACAUGGCAAGCAGUACGACGAUAUGCAUCAGACUCCACGCACACAAUUUAUGAGUAUGGCUACUGGGUCUGUGCUGAGUGGUGUCACCGGCGCUGGUGUGCUAUUGAUCAUUGUGGCGCUCACUGAAAACUGUCGAGCGAUGCUGGUCUAUCUACUUGUAGCUACGAUGGUCUGGCUGGGAAUAGUGUCUUUAGCGCUCGCUAAGAUAGGCAGAGCCUGUGUGCGUUUUAAAGAUGCUCCGAAAAUAAAAGAUGAACAACAUAGGCUCGCUAAUUUAGCGUGUGUUACUGGACUUUUUACAUUCCUCGGUGCUGUUAUUUACUUCUUUUCCUUCGUAGUUGUCUUCAGCUUCUACCAUUUCCGGUACGUGAGACGCGCCAUUUUGUUGCACGAAGCGGCAUGUCAGUAA